AGUCCUGCUGGCCCAGAUCAUCCAGAUCAUAGCCAAUGAGAAGGUGGAGGACAUCAACAGCAGCCCCCGCAGCCACGCGCAGAUGAGCCACAACGUGGACGCCUGCCUCAGCUUCCUGGACGCCAGAGGAGUGAAUGUGCAGGGGCUGUCGGCAGAAGAGAUCCGGACCGGCAACCUGAAGAGCAUCCUGGGCCUCUUCUUCAUCCUGUCGCGCUACAAGCAGCAGCAGCAGCAGCAGCAGCAGUACUACCAGUCCCUGGUGGAGCUCAGCCAGCAGGCCGCCGGCCUCAAGACGCAGGACAUGCAGUCCAGCCUCACAGCGCGGUGUGCCAGUCCUGCGGCCCCCGGGGGCCCCGGAGGCCCCGGGUCCCCACAGAAGAAGAACACGAGGCUGCCGGGCCCCUCCAGAGCCUCUGCUGCGGGCAGCGGGGCCCCCAGGAGCCCCGGCUCCUCCAACCUCAGCCGCCGCAGCCAGAGCUUCAGCAGCAUCGACCGGACCCAGCCGCCGCAGUACCACGAGCGAGAAGCGGUGCGCGGCCCCCCGGUACCGGACGGGCUGAGCGGGGGCGGAGCCAGUGGGCCGGCGCCGGCCUCCGCCAUCCCCUCGCCCGCCACCGGCAAGUCGUGGCGCAGCAAGUCCAUGAACCUGAAGCACAGCGCCACGGCGUCGGCGCCGCCGGGCUCCGAAGGCGGGUCGGCCGGCGCCGCCGGGCCCCAGAGGUCCAUGCUGGAGAAGUUCCGCCUGAUCAACCCGAGGUCGGCGUCGCGGGCCGAGAUGUCUCUGCGGGAGGAGGACGACAUGUCGGAGUACGGCGAGGAGGACGGCGGCGCCGAGACCGCCGAGACCGGCAGAACCUCCUCUUCCUCCAACUCCUCCUCUUCGCUGCCAAAGGGGUCGGCCGGCGCCGGAAGGUCCAAAGACAAGGAGGACAAGAGCCGGUCCGGUCGACCCUCCAAAGAGGCGCCGCUCGCCGCCGCCGCCAGGAAGACCUCCAAGAUGGCGAGCCUCAUCCCCAAGGGGGGCAAGCCGGCGCCCGGGAAGAAGGACGGCGCCGCCCCCUCGGCCUUCAGCGGCAUCCCCAAGGUGGGCCUCAAAGCUCCGCCCACGCCGACCUCCACGCCGACCUCCAGGCCGCGCAGCCAGAGCCACGCCCCCCUCGCCAAGGGGGGGCCGGGCGGGAGCUUCUACAGCCAACGGCCCGCCGGGGGCCCGGAGGGCCGGAGGACCAGCAUGACCUCCUCCAACAGCACCUCCGCCCUGUCGGGGUCCGCUGGGAUGAUGGGAGCAGGAGGAGGAGGAGGAGCAGGAGGAGGAGGAGCAGGAGGAGCAGGAGGAGCAGGAGCAGGAGGAGGAGGAGGAGGAGGAAGAGGAGCAGGAGGAGCAGGAGGAGGAGGAGGAGCUCUGGGAGGGAACGGAGUGGUUCAGCUCCCCCAGCAGCAGCACCACAGCCACCCCAACACGGCCACCGUGGCCCCCUUCAUGUACAGGACCUACUCAGAGAAUGACUGCUCCCUGGUGACCCCUGGUGACCCCUGCCUCAGCCCCACCAAGGGGGAGCUGGUCUACAGCAAGACCGCCAAGCAGUGCCUGGAGGAGAUCUCAGGUGAGGACCCUGAGACCCGACGCAUGAGGACGGUGAAGAACAUCGCCGACCUGCGGCAGAAUCUGGAAGAAACCAUGUCAAGUCUCCGGGGGACACAGAUCAGCCACAGUACUCUAGAAACCACCUUCGACACCACGGUGACCACCGAGGUAAAUGGGCGGAGCCUACCAGCCCUCGCCACACGCUCCUCCCCCAUGGCCUGGCGCCUGGGCCAAUCGCAAACCCCGCGCCUCCAGGCGGGCGACGCCCCCUCGCUGCCCAGCAGCUACGCCGCGCCCAGGGCGAGCACCGCGAGCGCCGGCACCACCACCGGGCGCUACAGCGGGCACUCGGACCCCUCCAGGUACCUCACCGACGGCGGCCUCCACCUGUACGAGCGGACCGCCGGCCGAGCCUCCGACGCCCCCACCGCCGCCACCGCCUCCCGAGAAGCGUCCCAGAGAGGCAGCAGAGAGGUGCAGGGCGACGUCGACAGCUGGGACGACAGCAGCUCGGUGAGCAGCGGCCUGAGCGACACGCUGGACAACAUCAGCACCGACGACCUCAACACGCCCGCCGCCGCCGGCUCGCCGCGCAAGAGCAAGGGAGCGCAGUCCCAGAAGGGAAGCAGGUCCAAGCAUGCAGAGCCCGAGGUGAGCAGCAGCUGGGCCGGAGCCGAGGACCUGAAGAAGGUGGAGGAGGAGCUGGAGGCGAGCAUGGAGCCCGGCUCCUCCCGCUGGAAGGCCUCCUCGUCCUCCUCCUCUUCCGCUCAAGCCCAGAGUCAGUACGAGGAGGCGGGGCAGAAGGCCGCCGCACUGGCCCAGAUGUCCCAGACGGGCUCGUGGAGGCGGGGCAUGACGGCCCAGGUCGGCAUCACGCCACCCAGGACCAAGGGAACCUCCCCGGCCCACAAGACCCCAGGCAAAACCGAUGACGCCAAAGCCUCGGAGAAGGGCAAGGCCCCUUCCAAGGGUCCGGCCGCCAUCCAGCGCUCGCCCUCCGAUGCCGGGAAGAGUAGCGGAGACGAAGGUAAGAAGCCUCCCUCCGGCAUCGGGCGCCCAGCCACCACGGCGUCUUUUGGAUACAAGAAGAUCCCGGGGGCCGGCGGUACCCUCAUCACCUCCAGCGGGGCCACGCUGGCCAGCGGCUCCGCCCCCCUGGGCAAGGCACCCAAAUCCUCCUCCGCCGCCCUGGGCAAGGCGCCCAAAUCCUCCUCCGCCGCCCUGGGCAAGGCGCCCAAAUCCUCCUCCGCCGCCCUGGGCAAAGGCGCGGGCGGCGUGCGCAAGACCAGCUUGGACGGCUCGCAGCCCGAGGACGACGGCGUCCUGCUCGGCUGCAGCGGCUCCAAACUGACCCUGCAGUACCGGUCUCUGCCCAGACCGGCCAAAUCCUCCAACGUGAGCGGCAAGGCGGCGGCGGCGCAAGCGGGCGCCAAGCGCAAGGACGGGAAAGCGGGCUCCGACCGCUGCAGCCCCGCCACCGCCAACCAGACGGACAAGGAGAAGGUGGCGGUGUCGGACCAGGACGCCGCCACGGCGGGACUGUCCACCUCGGCCAAGUCCAGCCCCACCUCCAGUUCAACGGGCCAAUCGGGACUCAGGCAGCCCGGAUCCAAGUACCCGGACAUCGCCUCCCCUACGUUCCGCAGCAUGCCUCUUGACAGAAACACGCUUCCCAAAAAGGGACUGAGGUACCCUCCGUCCUCCCGCCAGGCGUCCCAGGAGGAGGGGAAUGAGUGGCUGCGGUCCCAUUCCACCGGCGGGCUGCAGGACACCGGCAGCCAGUCGCCACUGUCGCCUCCGCCCUGCAGCAACACGGGGAAACACCACUACUCCAGCCUGGUGAGCCCCACCAGCACCGGCCAGUACAGCCUGCCGCCGGGCGGCACCGGCAUGAGCCGCUCCAACAGCAUCCCGGCCCAGGACUCCUUCGACCUGUACGGGGAGGGCCAUCCACUAGGGGGCAGCGCCACCUCCCUGGAGGACCGGCCGAGGGCCAUCAGCCGCUCCGGCUCCUUCAGGGACAGCACCGACGAAGUCCACGGCUCUUCUCUGUCUCUGGUGUCCAGCACGUCUUCGUUGUACUCAGCGACGGAGGAGAAAGCUCAUUCAGAGGGCCAAACCAUCCAGAACUCCACGCAAAUCAGAAAGCUCCGCCGGGAGCUGGACGCGUCGCAGGAGAAGGUGGCGACCCUGACGUCCCAGCUGUCUGCCAACGCUCACCUGGUGGCGGCCUUCGAGAAGAGCCUGAGUCACAUGACCUGCCGCCUGCAGAGCCUCACCAUGACGGCCGAACAAAAGGAAACGGAGUUGGUUGAGUUGAGGGAAACCAUCGAGGGGCUGAAGACCCAGAACACCGACGCGCAGACCGCCAUCCAGGUGGCGCUCAACGGCCCGGACCACCUGCACAAAGAGCUGCGGAUCCGCCGGCAGCACUCGUCAGAGAGCAUGUCCAGCAUCAACAGCGCGGCCAGCCACUCCAGCAUGGGCAGCCUGGGCAAGGACGCCGAGGACAAGAAGAAGAAGAAGAAGAGCUGGGUGGCCGACUCCAUCCCGGCUCAGCUGCGCAGCUCCCUGAAACACGCCUUCAGCAAGAAGAAGAAUAAAUCCCAGUCGGCGCCGGACGAGUCAGAGGAGAUGAGCGACUCGCGGCCGCCGUCGCCCCGUCUGCAGCGGCAGGCCGGCGGCGCCGCGCUGCACGGCUCGGCCUCCACCGCCGAGCUCUGUGAAUGCACCGAGGCCGAGGCCGAGACCAUCCUCCUGCUCAAGAACGAGCUGAGGGAGAAGGAGCUCAAGCUGACGGACAUCCGCCUGGAGGCGCUAAGCUCCGCCCACCACCUGGACCAGAUCCGAGAGGCCAUGAACCGCAUGCAGAACGAGAUCGAGGCGCUGAAGGCGGAGAACGACCGCCUGAAGUCCAGCGGCAACGCCACGCCCACAGCCACGCCCACAGCCACGCCCCCCAAGAGCGCCCGGCCGCCCUCCGAGACCUCCAGCACGUCCUCGUCCUCCUCCCGCCAGUCCUUGGGGCGGUCGCUCAACAACCUGAACAUCACGGACAGCAUCAUGGCAGAUAUUCUGCUGGACGACGGCUACGAGGGCAACCUGCGCAAAGAGGGCCGCACUGUGCGGAUCGUGGUCGCCAUCGGCAACGGGCCGUACGGCACCAAGGGUACUCAGGGCCAGGCGUACCUGAUCGGGUCCAUCGGCGUGAGCGGUAAAACCAAGUGGGACGUCCUGGACGGGGUCAUCCGCCGCCUGCUCAAGGAGUACCUGUUCCGGGUGGACCCUCUGACCAGCCUGGGGCUCAGCUCCGACAGCAUCGUCUCCUACAGGAUAGGAGAGGUACUGCGCUCCCACGCCUCCCAAGUGCCUGAGCUGCUGCCCUGCGGCUACCUGGUGGGAGACAACAACGUCAUCAAGGUCAACCUCAAGGGUGUGAAGGAGAACAGCAUCGACAGCCUGGUGUUUGACACGCUGAUCCCAAAGCCCAUCAUCCAGCGGUACCUCAACCUGCUGAUGGAGCAUCGGCGCAUCAUCCUCUCCGGACCCAGCGGCACCGGCAAAUCCUUCAUGGCCGCCAAGCUGGCCGAGUACAUCCUCUCCCAGAUGGGGCAGCCGGUGACGGAGCACAACGUGGCCAGCUUCAACGUGGACCACAACUCCAGCAAGGACCUGCGUCAGUACCUGUCCAGCCUGGCGGAGCAGUGCGGCUCCGAGGACGCGGACUCCGAGCCGCCCACCGUGGUGAUCCUGGACAACCUGCACCACGUCGGCUCCCUCGGAGACAUCUUCAACGGCUUCCUCAACUGCAAGUACCACCGAUGCCCGUAUGUCAUCGGCACCAUGAACCAGGGGGUCUCCUCUUCUCCCAACCUGGAGCUGCACCACAACUUCAGGUGGGUGCUGUGCACCAACCACACGGAGCCCGUCAAAGGCUUCCUGGGCCGCUUCCUGCGGCGGAAGCUGAUCGAGACGGAGAUCCAUAAGAACAUGCGCAGCAACGACCUCAUCAAGGUCAUCGACUGGAUCCCCAAGACCUGGCAGCACCUCAACGGCUUCCUGGAGGCACACAGCUCCUCCGACGUCACCAUAGGCCCCCGGCUCCUCCUGUCCUGCCCCAUGGACGUAGAAGGCUCUCGGGUCUGGUUCACCGACCUGUGGAACUACUCUCUGGUGCCCUACCUGCUGGAGGCCGUCAGGGAGGGGCUGCAGCUCUACGGCAAGCGAGUGGCGUGGGAGGACCCGUCCAAGUGGGUGAAGGACACGUUCCCGUGGAGCGCCGCCGCCCUGCAGCCGGACGGCCAGGCGCUGCUGCAGCUGAGGCCGGAGGACGUGGGCUACGACGGCUACAGCGCCUCCAAGGAGGGGGCCGCCUCCAAGCAGGUGUCCCAGAGCGACACCGAGGGAGACCCCCUGAUGAACAUGCUGCUGCGGCUGCAGGAGGCGGCUAACUACUCCAGCACGCAGAGCUGCGACAGCGACAGCACCAGUCACCAUGACGACCAGCUGGACUCCUCGCUGGAGUCGGCGCUAUGAGACCCCGAAGUCUGGACCCUGAACCCUGAACCUGACCCCGAACCAGGAACCUGACCCCUGACCCCGACCAGACUCCUCCCAUAGUGCACAGGUGUAUGAAAAGUUGUAUUUCAAAUGUUACGCCCGCCAUUUAAAAGAAACACUCAUAUGUUUACAUUACAAUGGUGCAAUAUUAACCAUUAAACGCCUUUAUGUUUUUAGCGUACCCCACCAUGCCGGUUGGACCGGAUAUAUUUUAAAGGUUAAUGUUGAACAUUUGCGGAUAUAACUUUUCAUACGUGUGCUGGAGGUUCCUCUGCCGGCAUGAGAUGUUUACAGGGAAGGUUCUGUUGUUGAUGUCUGUCCUUGUUUACAGAGGUGCUACACACACACACACACACACUGUCCUUUAAUCUGAGGCUCUGAUUGGUUCCCUCCUCCCGUGUGAUCAACAAUCCAGCCAUCCCACCCAGAGCGUCGAUCUCCCACAAUGCACCGCUCCUCUCCCGUUGUGAUGGUGGUGACGGUGGUCAGCAGCUUCAUCUCAGCUGAAGAACCAUAGCAUUCACUCUGGUCUGAGGGGUGGUCUCCUUCUUCUUUUUUUGGGGGUGAAACAUUUGUCCUUAAAUGUUUUAUAUUUUGUACAUUUCUAUGUAACAUAUCAUGUAAAUAGACAGAGACAGUGAUUUAACUCAUCUGGAGGAUUUUGUAGUCUUUGUAAAGCCCUAAUAAAUGGUAUUUGGUGUCACACGAGCAAACGGCAUGCUGA